AUGGCGCCCAGCUCGAAAUCGGAGCGGAACAGCGGGGCCGGGAGCGGCGGCGGCGGCGGCCCUGGGGCAGCCGGGGGCAAGCGGGCGGCGGGGCGACGGCGGGAGCACGUCCUCAAGCAGCUGGAGCGGGUCAAGAUCAGCGGGCAGCUCUCCCCUCGCCUCUUCCGGAAGCUGCCGCCCAGGGUGUGCGUGUCCCUCAAGAACAUCGUGGACGAAGAUUUCCUCUAUGCCGGGCACAUCUUCCUGGGCUUCUCCAAGUGCGGCCGCUACGUGCUGUCCUACACCAGCAGCAGCGGCGACGACUUCUCCUUCUAUAUCUACCACCUGUACUGGUGGGAGUUCAACGUGCACAGCAAACUCAAGCUGGUCCGGCAGGUGCGGCUAUUCCAGGAUGAAGAGAUCUACAGCGACCUGUAUCUCACCGUGUGCGAGUGGCCCAGUGAUGCCUCCAAGGUCAUUGUCUUCGGCUUCAACACGCGCUCUGCCAACGGGAUGCUCAUGAACAUGAUGAUGAUGAGCGACGAGAAUCAUCGCGACAUCUAUAUCAGCACGGUGGCCGUGCCGCCGCCUGGCCGCUGCGCCGCCUGCCAGGACGCCAGCCGGGCACACCCAGGUGACCCGAGCGCGCAGUGCCUGCGGCACGGCUUCAUGCUGCACACCAAGUACCAGGUGGUGUACCCCUUCCCCACCUUCCAGCCGGCCUUCCAGCUCAAGAAGGACGACGUGGUGCUGCUAAACACCAGCUACUCCCUGGUGGCCUGCGCCGUCUCCGUGCACGCGCCGGGUGACAGCAACUUCUGCCAAAUCCUCUACGACCACACAGCCUGCCCCCCAGCCCCACCCAGCCCCCCGGGACCCCAGAGCCCAGAGGCACCCCCGACCCUCCCCGGCCUCUGCCCCGAGGCGGCCUUGGCAUCCCCAGCCCAGUCCCCCGGGCUCCCCGAGUCCUCGCCGGCCAUGGCCAUGGCCAAGGAGUUCGUGGCCGACAUCUUCCGCAGGGCCCGGGAGGCCAAGGGGGCCCCCCCUGAGGAGGCCCGGCCGCCUGCCUGUCCGGAACCCUCUAGCAGCCAAGGCCGAACCCCCUCCGAGCCCCUGACCCCGUGUGGAGGUGGGGAGGUGGCACCCCAGGACAGCCCCGUUGCUGCCACCACUGCCGCUCCCACGGAGGCCCCGGAGCCGGGCUACGUCAACUACACCAAGCUGUACUACGUGCUGGGCUCCAGCGAGGGGUCAGAGCCGGAGGAUGAGUUUGAAGAUGACAAGAUCUCCCUGCCGUUUGUGGUCACGGACUUGCGAGGCCGCAACCUGCGGCCCAUGCGGGAGAGGACAGCGGUCCAGGGUCAGUACCUGACGGUGGAACAACUCACACUGGACUUCGAGUACGUCAUCAAUGAGGUCAUCCGUCAUGACGCCACCUGGGGUCACCAGUUCUGCUCCUUCAGCGACUAUGACAUAGUUAUCCUAGAGGUCUGCCCGGAGACGAGCCAGGUACUCAUUAACAUCGGCCUGCUGCUCCUGGCCUUCCCCUCGCCCACCGAGGAGGGCCAGCUCCGACCAAAGACCUACCACACCAGCCUCAAGGUGGCCUGGGACCUCAACACGGGCAUCUUCGAGACCGUGAGCGUGGGCGACCUCACGGAGGUCAAAGGGCAGACCAGUGGCAGCGUGUGGAGCUCCUACCGCAAGAGCUGCGUGGACAUGGUCAUGAAGUGGCUGGUGCCGGAAAGCAGCGGCCGCUACGUGAACCGGAUGACCAACGAGGCGCUGCACCGAGGCUGCUCCCUCAAGGUGCUGGCGGACAGCGAGCGCUACACGUGGAUCGUGCUGUGAGGGCCACCAGCCUGGGACACUGCCGCCAACUACCUCCGCGGCCGGGUC